AUGUAUGGUGUUUUUUCCUCUUGUAUCCUCACCCGCGGCUCGGACAUCGACGUCACUAUCUACCGGUCGGACGCCCAGGACGAGGGCGAUGCCGCCGCGGCGGUGCAGGUCCUGGACGGAGGUGUGCUCCCGCUGCUGUCAAAGAGCCCGAGGUUCGAGGUCGUCAGGCUCGUCUCCGGGGCCAGGAUUCCUGUCCUGAGCCUGCGCUUCGACGGCGCCACGGACGUGGACCUUUCUUGCCACAACACGGAGCCGCUGCGGAACUCGCAGCUGCUCUGCGCCUACGCACAGGCGAGCCCGUUGGCGCGGGGCCUCGCGCUGCUGGUGAAACUCUGGUCCAAAGCCGCGGGCGUCUGCGGGGCGCAGAGCGGGCACCUGUCCUCCUACGCCCUGGCGCUGAUGGUGUGUGUUCUACUUCCUGCAGGUCCACCCCGACUUCGGGCUGCCCCUGCUCUCCACGCAGCUAUUCGAUGGCUUCUUGCCCGUGCCCACCGCGACGCGCUGGGAGUGCCGGCAAUCCCUGCCCGAGGCGCUGCGGCAGUUCUUCGCGUUCUGCUCCCAGGAGUUUGCGUGGGGCAGCGAGGUCGUCUCGGUGCGCCUCGGCCAGCGGCGCAGGGCCCGCUGCCCGGAGUUCGCUCGGCUGCCGAACGCCACGGCGCGGGCCGUCGCCUGCACGUGGAGGACCCCUUCCUCACGCGCAGGAACCUCAACUGCGUGCUCGGCCUCGAGCAGGACCACCAUCUGGCUUCGUGGUACUCAUUCCUGUCGAGAUCUGUAUCUGAACGGUCUUAUCCCAAUUCAGUUCUAAGCCGUGCUUCGCGCCCUCCUCGACGACGGCGUUGAGAAUAUGUUGCAGGUUCUCUUGGUGCUGUGAGGCCAACAAGGUGUCGUCAGCAGAUAGAAAAUCCCUGGUGACCAAGAACGCCGGCUUAUCACGAAGAUCAGCGCGGCCGAACACGUCGUGCAGGACGACGCUUUGCACAGCGAUGAAGAGGUAGGGCGAUAGCGGGCACCCUUGUGCGAUCCCUGCGCGCUGACGUCUUUCUGAGGGUGAUCCCGUGUGGUCGUGUAUGACGAAGUACCGGCUCUCGUAUAUCGCCCCGAUCUUGCUCACCAUCUCCGCAGGCAGCCCAAACUUGUGCAAAGCCGCACACAUUACGUCUGGCUUCACUCUGUCGAAAGUUUUCGCCCAGUCCAACAUGAGAAGCAGCAUGCGCAUGCCGCCCGAGUUGUUGUUGGCUAUGUUUAGUUUUCUGCGAAAAUCGGCCUGUAGGGGGACAGGCCCGACCGAAUGUUCGCAUGCCCGCGUGGCGCGCCGCCAGCAGGAGGCCCGGCUGCGGGCGGCGCUGCGCGCCGCCGAGGCCGACAUGCGAGGCGGCGGCCUGCCUCCCCUGCCCGGUUCUAGAUUGGCGCAGCCUUGUGGCAGAUCGGGAGUAGCGUAGCGUAGCCUGUGCCCAGCCUGGCUUUGCCUUCUUCCAUCUGACGGUUUCACCCAAUCGUUCGCUCCUGCCGUUGAAUAAAGCUGGCAGUUCCACUCAGCUGAAAGAGGGACAAGGCCCCCCAUUCAGGAACUCGUCGCCCGUGCCCUCCCUCCGUCCCUACCUUCCAUGCCCUCCUUGCCAGCGUUUCUGAUUAUCCAGCGGCGGGGAGUUUCCAGCGGGUCACACGGUAUGCCACCCGCGCACGGCCGUGCCCGUUGCUGGGCCGACUUGCAGGGGAGCUCCGCCUGCGGGCAUUUUCGCCUCUGCUCACCAAGACGGUUCUGCUCUCGGUUCGAUCAGAACGGGUCGAAGAGAUUUGCAGGUGACGCCCGCUUGGUGUCAGGUCAGCGAUUUCCUUUCACUGGAGCUCAGGAGCUGGUCAUUCGUGUUCUCCCUCAACCCCACCUUCCAUCCUCUCGUUGCCAUUGCUUUUGGUUGUCCAGCGAUUCGGAGUUUUCAGCGGGUCACUCGGUAUGCCACUGGCGCACGGGCGUGUCAGGCUGCUAGGCCGAUUUGCAUGUGAGCUCCGCUUGCGAACAUCAUCGCCUUUCCCUACCUGGACGGUUCUGCUCUCGGUUCGCCCAAAAUGGGCCGAAGAGAGUUGCAGGUGAAUCUCCGCUCGUUGAUGCUCAGGAGCCGGUCACUCGCGUCCUCUCUCCAUCUUACCUCCCAUAACCGCCUUGCCAUUCUUUAUAAUUGUUCAGCAACGGUGAGUUUUCAGCGGGUCACUCAGUAUGCCACUCGCGCACGGCCGUGUCGGGCUGCUAGGCCGAUUUGCAGACGAGUUCCACCUGCGGACAUCAUCGCCUCUCUUUACCGAGACCGUUUUGCUCUCGGACGGCCAAACUGGGUCGAAGAGAUUUGCAGGUGACGUCCGCGUGCAGUCAUCGCAGCGACUCAGGGGCUGGUCGUUCGUGUUUCCCUCAAUCCUACUUUCCAGACUCUCCUUGCCAUUACUCUUGAUUGUUCUUCGACGGGGAGUCUUCAGAGGCUCAAUCGGUAUGCCACUCACGCACGGGCGUGUCAGGCUGCGGGGCCGACUUGCAGGUGAGCUCCGCCUGCAGACGGCAACGCCUCUUCUGACCAACAUAGUUCUGUUUUCGGGUCCGCCAACAUGGGCCGAAGAGAGCGAGAGAGCGCUACAGAUACGCGUGAGCCGCACAGACCAAGGAUUACCGC